GAACACAUUUCUGUUUAGAUUCUCACAUGUGUGGCCAGCAAGACCGUUGGCUAAAACUAUUUGAUCGCUUUUUCGGUUUACCUCUCAAAAUAAGAUGGGGGAAGAAACGGUCGAGUGAAGUGGAUGAGUCCAAAACGCAUGUGAAGAAAGUUAAAGUAUCUGAGACAGCAGAGUUUAAUGGAACCGUUUUUAAAGCCAUGUUGAAGGAGCCGACCAAGGCAAUGAAGGGCUUGGAUACAUUCAUCACCACAGCGAAGAAGCUGCCGUGUCCUGACCUGUAUGACGUUGUUGAGGGUUACAUCAAGAUCUCCAUGGAGUGCUCUGAGAUAUUCAAACUGCUGGAGGGAGACAAGCAGAUGGAGAGUGAAAUGUUGGUGAUCUUCCAGAGUUUGGAGAUGAUUCUGCUGCGUACGGCCAGUGAUCUCUCUCAUUUCAGCAUGGUGGGAUCCACUAUAGUCAAGAAGGUUGUCUCCAGCUAUAUGAAACUCAUACAGACAUCCCUACACUCAGAGAACCACAGGUUUGUCCGUCAGUGCCUGAGUUUCCUGUCAGCCAUGGUGUCCCAGGGAGCGGACACAGCCAAAGUCUUCAGCCACUUCCACUUCACCAAAGGCCUGUCUGCUUUGGCCAAGAGGAAGGAUAAGAUGGGUAAACCUGAUGUCCGCAUGGCUUACACCCAGUUUGCCCUCUCCUUCCUGGUCUCUGGUGACAACGCUACUAUUGGACAACUACUGGAGAUGAAAGAUUUCCUGCCAGACAUUCUAAGCAGCGGACUGAAGGAGGAUCGUAUAUCCACUGUCAACCUGAUUCUGUCUACUCUGCAGACUAAGGUGGUCCAGCGACAGGCUAUCAGUAAGACCCAGAAAGUGCGAUUCUUCACCCCAUCUCUCCUGGCCCAGAUUGCAUCUCUCUACAGGUGGAAUGGCAUUGUGGAUGCAAGCACAGACGACAGCAAGAGAAUGCAGAGGAAGCAGGGAAGAUGGUCGUGGAGGAAACUGGUUCACAACUUCCUCCUGGAUCUAUGCUGCUCCAGGAAACACGGCAUCAGUUUCUAUGACCCCAGCUUUGGAACUGCCGGCAGGGCUGGUAACAUUGUGCUCCUGCAGUUUGUGGUGGGGCUGAAACAGGCUACAGAGGAUGACCUGGUCUCUGAUCUGGUGGUCAAUAUACUCAGGGUCAGCCCUGACAUCCUGCCCAGGUUCUUCAAGGAGACACAGUACUCCUACCCUCGCCUCAAAUCUGCCUGGACGGACAACAUCACUCUGCUCAAGAAGAUCUACGAGUCUCAGCCAGAGGUAUCCAAGGCCUUCCAGACCAGAGAGGUUGUCCCUCUGCCCCGCCUCCUGUCCAUGGUGCUGGUGACAUCACUUCCUCCCGUCUGUAACAAGGCCUUCUUCACGCAGGGCAUCAACUUUGCCAACGCGGUGGUGCAGCACACGACCUUGUCCCUGAUGCCCUUCCUUCUGAAGAGAGCUCAGAGGAACAUGGAGUUGUGUCUGGACCGCUCUGUGUGGCUCGCCUCUGAUCUAUACACCCCAGCCACCAUGGAGGACUUCACACAGCAGUACAGGGAGGCGCUCGGCAAGGUUCUACCGGACAUGACCAGCAUCGUGUCCAAAUGGCAGUCGCUGACCAAGAAGGAGAAAGGAGGGAAGGAAGGGAAGAAGGAAGGAGAUGUCAAAGAGGAGGCAGCUAAAGUUCAACAACCUGCCCCGUCAGUCCCCGAGUCUCCAGAGGUCAUCCUCCUGAAGGCCCUCAUCCUUCAGGUCAUGUGUCUCUACCAGAAGGUGGUACCCCAUCUGGUCAGCCAGAGCAAGUUUGACUUCAGCAAGCUGCUCAAAGAGAAAGGUAUGAGAGAGGAGGUCCCUCCAGUCCUUCAACACCAGAUACUACAACUGGCCCUUGACCUGCCGGCCAGCAGAUUCUCCUGGUUCAGAGUUCAGGAUCAUGUGGAGACAGGCUCUGGGGAGAUGUCUGUGUUCUUCUUGCUCCUCAAGAUGUUUGUGAGCAGCACCAACAGCCACCUGAAGAUCUCCACCAAGAAACUGGUGGUGAAGGUGCUGAAGGACAGUGGAGUGUUUGAGUACACCUGGUCUGAGCUGGAGCUGUGCCUGAACCACCUGGACAGACUACAACCAGACCAGCAGGACACAGUCAUACACUUCCUGGAGAGGGUGAUGGUGUGUCUGGUGUGUAACCCUUACACCUACACAGACAAGGUGGCACCAGUCUUGUCCAGGAGGCAGCCCACCUGCAUGGCCAAUCUUAGCGGACAGGAUGGUGACAACGCCAGCAUCCCCAUCUCUCACAUAGACGAUGUGCUGGACAUGGUUGACGUGAUCAUGGAGGGCAGCGAGGAGACGGAGGAGCUGGGCCCGGCGCUUAGUGAUGACCUCAUCCUCCAGACCUUCCCAUUCAGUGCCGUGGUACCUGCUGUCCUGGAGGCCAGGAACAAACUACCUGCUACCUACAGAACGGAGAAAGGUGUAGUAUACGACUACAUGGCAGCAGUCCUAUGUGAUGUGCUCCACUGUCAGAGAGACCCUCUGCCCCUCAGCCUGGCUCUUCUCCAGUACGAUAAAGAGCUGAACUCCUCAGAAGACCCUGGUCCUCCCCAUCACUCCAUCAUUCACCUUCAUCACUACUACACAACAUGGCUACCCCAGCAGGCCCGGGAACACCUGUUCCAGUCCUGUGAAAGCCCUUUCCCUGUCUCUCCUAGUCCUGUGACCUUUACUGGUCUCCUGAAGACGGCCUACACCCAAGGGGCCUCUGCCCUGCUAGAAGACUCCUUCAGACGGAGGCUAGAGAAGAGUCUGGUCACUAUGGAGAUGGCAGAGUAUCCUGUUGCAGCCAAGCAGAUCCUACUGUACAUCAAAACCACUGUGGACAACUUCAGCAUGUUGUCUAAAAACACAGGGCUGCUGGCGCUCAGUGUCCUAAUGGGAAUUCUCCAGGGGUUGGUGUUGAGGCUUCAGAGCCCACAGGAACCAACUUUGGAAACCGAGGCUGAGACCAUGGUGGCUGAUCAGAAGGAAGCGGAGACGGCAGAAACCAUGGCUGUGGAUCCCAAGGUGGCGGCAGAGACGGAGCCUAUAGCUAUGGACCAGGACUCAGCCACUGUAGUAGAUCCAGCCAAGGCAGCAGAACCCAAAGCUGUGGACCUCCUGAAUGGAUCAGAGCUCUUGCUGGAGUUCAACCCGUCUUCUGAAGCGGAGGACAACCACAGCCUGAUGGCGUUGUCAGUGCUGAGUUCCAUCCUGAAGCACCCGUGUAUGGAGCAGUGGUUCCUGUCUCUGGAGUUGUCCUCCGUCCCUCCUACCUCCCUCAACCCUGUCAGGCUGAAGCUGCUUUGUGCACAACUGUCUGACUGCAUCCUGGGUCUAUUACAGACCUCUGCCGCCGCCCUUCGACCCCUGGACUCCCUCUCUCUCCUCUCCCCCUACCUGAAGGCUGUUUCAAGGGCUCUGCUCAGAGAGCUGGGGGAGAGGCGGGAGGUCGACGAGGCGUCCCGGCCUGUGAGAGCCUUCAUGGCCCUGCAUGCCUACAUGGAACCCCCUCUCCUCCAGGAGCUGGUCUCUUCCCUUCUCCUCCUCCCCAAGGAGACCCUCAUCACCCCGGGGGAGGGUGACAGGGAGGGAGAGAAGAGCUCCAGAGCAGCAGAGCUCAGUGUCUACGGACGCACAGCUCUACAGAUCCUCACCGAGACCUCCUCCACCAACACCUCUUCAUCCGGUUCUCCUGUCCUCCUCUCCCAGGCCCACCUCCAAGGCCUGGCCACCCUGCUCCUCUCCUGCUCUAGCCCGUCUCUGGAGAACUUCCUCCUGCAGGCCCUGAGGACCCAGCCAGGCAACGCUAAACUACUCCACACUGACGUCCUGCUCCAUUGUCUCCAGGGACCUGUUACUGCAGCCACCCAGGCCAUCGGGGUAGCCCUGCUGCUGAACUGCUCUUCUCACAGGCUCUGCUUCGAGGUGUGGUGCCUGCAGCCGCAGAACGUGGAGAAACUCACAGACCAGACAGAGAGAUUCCUACCGCUGGUCAACAGUUACCUGCAGACUGCAGCCAGGGAGGACCCGGCCAGGCCUAAAGAAGUUCAGACAGCGGUGCUGAAGACCCUGAAGAAGGCCCUGUUCCCCAGGCUGAGCCUCUCUGUGCUGGGGCAGGACACAGGGGGAGGCCCUGGAGGCUGUGGAGUUCUCUGUCUGCUCUCUCUUCCAGAGGCCCUGGUCUCUCUCCUGCUCAGCCUAGUGAAGAGAAGUCCUGCUGUCUGUAACAGCAGCCACUUUGUAGUUCUACUGGGAGGCUACGGAGCUACUCUCAGUACGACAGAUCAGAAACUGUUACUGCUGCUGCAGGAGUAUGAACAAAACGGCAUCAGUCUGGUAGACUUUCAGUGCAUGCUUUGGGGCCCAGCAGCGGUGGAGCACCAUAAGGCCCGGAGAAGCCUGGGCGUUUCCUUGUGGCAGCAACCCAGCUCUGAGGACCUCUUGGCUCUGCUCAGCCCUGACACCAUGAUCAACACCAUUACUCACUUCCCCCUGCAACGCAGGAUCAUCCUACAGGAGGGUAAAGAGCUGAUUUUCAAAGAUGAGGAAGUGAAGGAUCUUGGGAGUGUGUACGACCCUUGUUUCCUCCUGCCUCUCUUCAGCGCCAUGCUUCAGCCAGAGUCUGUGAUAGACUGUCUGAAGUUUGUGUCGAGUCACGGCCUUGGUGUGACGAUGGUGUCCCUGAGCAGUUAUGACCCCAAGCUGAGGGCAGCGGCCUACCAGGUCCUGGCUUCAUACCACCAUCAUCUGGAGGCUGCUCGCUUCAGAGAGAAGAGACAGCUGCUGUACCUGCUGGACAUGGUAAAGAAUGGGAUCAGACAGCAGAACCUCAGGAUGCCCUUCUUACUGACCACGUACAUCACUAAGGUGGCCCUGCAGAUGCUGAAACCAGAGGACCACAUGUACGUGGUGGUGAACAGGUUCCUGCUGUCCCAUCAGUGCCUGGACUUCAGACGGGUUCCGGAGUUCUUCAAACUGUUCUACAGCUGUGACAUGGAGGUACACUAUUACAGUAGUAUAGUCACAAGGUGGAGAGGGGAGUGGAUUCUGUCUGUCCUAGAGGAGGGACUGACAGACAGACAGUGUUAUGAUCUGUUAGACCAACAGGGGAUCUUCCAGACGCUGCUAGGAUUCUGCUGCAGCCCACUCUGUGAUCAACACACUCGGACUCUGAUAGUGAGAGUCCUGCACCAGGCUGGUCACGUGACCAAAGCAGCCUACAAUCUGACCAAGGGCCACGGGCUCCUCACCUGGGUUCUACAGCUGCUGGAGAGGAGACAUGUAGACCAGGGUCUGCUGGGUGCUGUGGUGGAGCUGCUCCAUGUGCUGUGGUUCACCAACCUGGGCCAGAAGGAGGACAAACCCCAGGGACCCGGCACUCCAAAGGUUCUCCCUCUACCCCUCAUCAGCCAGUUCCUGUGUGUAGCCACCACCAUCAUCAGACAUCUGAGGCUGGUGAAGGCAGGUCAGCUGAGCCUGUAUCUCCAGACUCUGAGCUCCAUCCUGCAACAUCGUGGAACAGCUCUGGGGGUCCACGGGGAGGCUGGCUGGCUGACCUUACGACCCCAGGCUCUUUCCUCCCAAGAAGCACUCGCCCUCCUCCACCGCUGGAGCACGCUGACCCACAAUGCACCUCUCCUCAGCCAGCUGCAGACUGUGGCGGAGAAACACAAAGUCAAGGAGCUGCUGGGGUCGGGCAGGGAGAAAGGCCGUGGAAGAAGCUCCUCUGUCCAGGCCCAGGCCCGUUCUAACUCCCGACCAAAUGAACAGGGAGAGGAAGGAGAGGUAGAGAGACGAGAGGAGGAGAAGACUCUGCUGGAGAAGUGUACUCCUCACCUCAGGAAUAUCUUUACCCACUGGGUGCCUGUCUCUCUUGGCUGUCCCUCCCCUGACCCCCAUACUCCCACCUCUACCCCCCUGGCCAACACCACAGCCCAUCUUCUCACCAGGUGGUUCCUGAACUCCUUGGUAGAGGGAGCCUCCACCUACGAGGACAAAAGGACAGUCCACUUCCUUCGCUGGUUCCAGAAGACUGUCCUUCCUCACAGAGUCAUAGUGGACAUGGUGCUGGCUGACCCUGCUGUGAGACUGGACCUGCUCUGUCUCUAUCACCAGGCCUGUGAGCCCCAGACCCAGCCCCAGGCCCAGAUCUCUUCCAUGGUAGAGCACGUCCAGCUGUUCACCAACAUUAUGACCCAACUCCUGGAGGCCAGAGGCUGCGCUGACAGUGACCUGCACAGGGCCGUGCUCACAGCAUGCUCCCUAGGAAGAACAUGUGAUGACCAGACCACGAAGGAAGGUCUGAUGUUGCUGUCUCUGUACAUCCAUGAGAUGUGGAGCGGAGCGAAGAGCCCAGAGCUGUUCCUGAACCACGUCCGAGUGGUGAACGAGAUCCAGGGUUCUAUAGGGACCAAGGACCAGAAGAAAAAGUCCAAACGACAUUCCCAGACACACACAGCCCUCAGAACCAUCUGUAGUGACCUCCUCUCAGGACUGCAGUCUACUGUUGCACCAUAGGGGUUAAAUAGCUGUGGCCCACAUUACACCCUAUUGAGUACACUAUUUCUUAACCAGGGCCCAUCGUGGUCUCUGGUCAAAAAGUAGUGAACUACACUGAGUGUACAAAACAUUAAGAACAUCUGCUCUUUCCUGACCAGGUGAAAGCUAUGAUCCCUUAUUGGAUGUCACCUGUUAAAUCCACUUCAAAUCAGUGUAGAUGAAGGGGAGGAGACAGAUUGAAGAAGCAUUGUGUUUGUGUGCCAAUCAGGGAGUGAAUAGGAACAACAAAAUAUUUAAGUUCCUUUGAACGGGUAUGGUAGUAACUUGCCAGGCGCACCGGUUUGUUUCAAGAACUGCAACGCUGCUGGGUUUUUCCAUGCUCAACAGUGUCCAGUGUGUAUCAAGAAUGGUCCACCACCUAAAGGACAUCCAGCCAAUUUGACACAACUGUGGGGAAGCAUUAGAGUCAACAUGGGCCAGCAUCCCUGUGGAACGCUUUAACACCUUGUAGAGUCUCCCACGUCCCGA